AUUGACAUGCUGUGCACUCCCGGGGCUGGCUGGGGAUCUGGGAGGAGGUCCUGGCAGAUGAGGCAGAGCUGGACGCAUGCUGCAGAGCACAUCUGGAAAUAAUUUAGGAGACCGCCUGGCUCCUCCAGUGCAACGUCUGAAUUCUGAGCUGCCUCACAGCAGUGGCAUGGAGGAAGUCAGAGUCACUCCAGAGUAAACUAGAACCAAGGCAGAGAAAAAGGAAUUCCCUUUGGGAAUUGAAACAUUGGUCCUUUGGGGCCCCCAGAUCCCUGGGAUUGCCAAUGGGAUCUUUGGAUGAAGCAGCAGCAGCCUAAAGGGCGGUGGCCAGGAAUUGAGUGUCCUCCUCUCUGCCGCUGAUCAGAACAGAGGAGCCCUAACUCCUGCCCUCAACAUAUUCAAGGUGACAGCCUUUAGGCACACGAACACAUGGCUCUAUUAAGAAGAAUUAAUCAAAUCUUGCUGUUCCUUCUUGUUCUGACUAUCUGUAUGAUUCUGUACAAGAAAGCUUACAAGGCGUCUACACUAAAGAAUGAAACAGAUGAUGCCGAGGAUUCUGAGGAAAUGGAAGAAGAGAUCCCUGUGGUGGUGUGUGCAGCGGCAGGCAGGAUGGGUGCUGCCAUGGCGGCCAUCAACAGCAUCUACAGCAACACAGAUGCCAAUGUCUUAUUCUAUGUGGUCGGUCUGAGGAACACGCUCUCCCACAUCCGGAAAUGGAUCGAACAGUCCAAACUAAGAGAAAUCAAAUUUAAAAUUGUGGAAUUCAACCCAAUGGUCCUCAAAGGAAAAAUCAGACCAGAUACAGCACGUCCUGAGUUGCUACAGCCUCUGAACUUUGUGAGGUUUUAUCUCCCUCUGCUCAUCCACAAACACGAGAAAGUCAUCUACUUGGAUGACGAUGUCAUCGUACAAGGUGAUAUCCAAGAAUUGUAUGACACAAAGUUGAUGCUGGGCCAUGCUGCGGCUUUCUCAGACGACUGUGAUUUACCUUCCACCCAUGAAAUGGUCAGAAGCGCAGGGAUGCAGAAUACAUACAUGGGAUUUCUGGACUACCGAAAGAAGGCCAUCAAAGACCUUGGCAUCAGCCCUGGAACAUGCUCUUUUAAUCCUGGUGUGAUCGUUGCCAACAUGACCGAAUGGAAGCACCAGCGUAUCACCAAGCAACUGGAAAAGUGGAUGCAGAGAAAUGUGGCGGAGAAUCUCUAUAGCAGCUCCUUGGGUGGUGGAGUGGCCACUUCCCCAAUGCUCAUUGUGUUUUAUGGGAAGCAUUCCCACAUCAAUCCAAUGUGGCACAUCAGGCACCUGGGCUGGAGUGCAGAAGCCAAAUACUCCGACCACUUUCUUCAGGAGGCUAAAUUACUUCACUGGAAUGGAAGGCACAAACCUUGGGACUUCCCUAGUGUUCACCCCGACCUCUGGGAAAGCUGGUUCAUCCCUGACCCUUCUGGAAAAUUCAAACUUAAUCGUGGAGGGAGCUGAUACAAGCAAAUGCACAGUGUGCUCCUUUCUGCUGCACAAACUUGCGAUUCACAAGAAGUGGAUUAUUUUUAUGAGCAUUUUUUCAACAUGUUUGAGUCCUAAUUCACCUUCAUUUGACAAAGAAGGCCUUUGAGACUUGUACUAUGGGAAGCAGAAAUGGAUUUACUUUUUUUCUCUCCAAAGUACUCCCUUAGGGAAAAAUCAAGAUUGU